AUGGCUGCCGCGAUGGAUGACCAAAUCUUGUAUGAUGUUUUUAUCCGUUCAGAGUGGAACCUCGAGGGCGAACUUUUGGUUAGUAUUUUAAAUCAUAAACCUGAAGGACGUGAAAAUAUAAUCCCAAAAAAUUCCAUUAUACUUUGCCUUCUUGUCUGGUUCUUUACAACUGUAUGCAAACGUGGCACCGUUUAGGUCAUCUUGGGCAGUGUUUCGGUCGUUGCUCUUUUGCAUGUGUGCAACGAGUUUGUCAGAUUUUACCUAAAAACGAUGCCCCAUAAACGUAAAAUACUUUAUUAUCCAGUAAAUAGAAAAGUUAACGUCGGUGAUAUGCCUGCGUUAAUGGCUGUGCUUCAUUAAUUUUAAUAAACAUGAUUCAUGCAUGAAUCAUUUUUAAUUAGUGCUGAAAUCAGGACAGUUGAUAGCCAAUCAGAUUUGAGAAUUUUGAUAUAGUACUUAUGAUUAAGGUUAGUAUUACCUGAUAUCCUCUUCAUAACUCUACUAGAACAUUAUGUGUUUGGAUUAAGGUACUAAGUAAUAACUUUGGCACAGAAUAAUGUGACCACAUGACCUAGCCCCUUUAAGUUAGGGUUUACCAUUGCAAAAAGCAGCCUUAAUACAUUUCCCUGAAAAAAGGUGAUUUAUGCCUAUUUGUAUGCAUUAAUUCUACAUGCACAGUAUAUUAUUGAUCAGAAUGAAUUGAUUGCCUCUGUCAUUAUUUUUCGUUACAGAACAAGACGGGAUUUGACAUUGGCCAGUUGAGAGGAUCUUUACCAAAGAAGUUCCUGACAGUUGCUCAAAGUAGUUUAAUAUUAUUCUUGUUUACCGCUUAGACAUAAUUUGGUUAUCUCAUUCUUCUUACCCCUCCAAUCCCUGAUAUGCAGAUACAAAGACUGACCUCUCUACCUUUCCUUCAAGAAUUUGUUGUGAGCAAAUUUGUUUUAAGGUCAAAACGUUUUCCUUGUUGAUCAUUUAUUCAUUUUCAUACAACUGUAGACUUCUUUUCUCUUGCUUUUCUGUUGAUUUUGUUGGCAGAAAAUCGAUGUUGCACCAUCACCUCCAAAACAUAAUAUGAUAAUAAAUUAUUAUUCCUUCCACAUGUAUUUCCAGAUUCUUUCUGGUGGUUGUUGAGAGGGGCUCAGUAUGCUAUAAGGUGAGAAAGUAAUUUUUUUACCCACUCUCAGGGUAAUAAAAAGUCAAAAUCAGGCCCAUGCAGUCUCAGGCAACCUAGUCCCCCCCCCCCCCCCCCCCCCCCCCCCCCCCCCCCCCCCCCCCCCCCCCCCCCCCCCCCCCCCCUCGCCCUCCCCCCCCCCCCCCCCCCCCAACAGCCCACCGCCCACUCCCUCUCCCCACACCAAGAAUUACCAUUCUUUGUCACUAUACAUUCCAUACCAGCUGUGUUGUUGUGUUUGUUUUGGUGGUGUUUUUGGGAGGGGGUUGAUGAUGAAAAAUGAAAAAAGAAUUUUUUUUCCACCCCCCCGAGGGUAAAAAAGACAAAAACGCCCCCCCCGGGCCCCUCCCAACCCCCCCCCCCCCCCCCCCCCCCCCCAUUGAGACUUGCUCCUCUGGUCUCGUUUCCUCUGUCGGCUCCUUGGAUCACACCUCCCCGUAAAAAAAACAGGGUUCCCAUGAAUUUUCAUAUAACCAAAAAAUUGUUAGUGAUGGUUUCCCAUAAUCUCUGGGCACAGAACGGAAAAAUUGUUGUCAAUGGGAAUUGAAAUCCUAGGGCUUACAUUCAUCACGAAACAGUGUAUUUUAACUUGAUCUAUUAUUAUUUCAGUGGCAGCAAUCAGAUUCUCGGUCUUCCUGCCCAACUCUACAGAAUUAUUAGCAGUUCUCUCAGUUGGCAGUUUGCUUUAUCCAGGUACAUGUUUAUAUCUUUCUUGAACCUCCCAUAAAGUGACCAUCCAAAAUAUAAUGAUUUAGUGGUCGUUUUAAUACAGGAGGUGGUCGGUUACAAGAUUCAACACACAGGGGGUCCCUUCCUAUGAGAGGCCCAGAUACAUCUAUAUUCUGGGAGAGAAUUCAUUACAUUCAGUUUAUGAUAAUUAAGCACCAAGCUUAUUGAAUGUUUGUACCUUGGAAGUGGGCACUUAAUAAAUUGUAACCAUUUUUAGCAAGUAAAUAAGUUUAUUUUCUUUGCAACAAAACAAGAAAUGAAAGUUUCUUUAAAAUACCAAGAGAAAUUGUUCUCAGUUAUUGUUUUCAAAUUAAUCUCAUUGUCAAUACAAUCUUUUUUGUGGGGUGUAAGGGGGGGGGAGGUGGCAUUGGUGCCCAUUAAUGUUUUUCGAGCUAAGAAUUAUAGGGUGGUUGGUUAUUGGAAGUGGGCGCAUUUUUGAGGUUGGGUGCUUGAUCACAUAAAUGCAGUAUUAUAUAAGGUGUGUGUUCAGCUUUUCCAUUUUUAAAGUAAACCUUUCAUAGUGUUGAUGCCCUUUAAUUUUUUUUGUCUUUAGUGAUGGAAAGCUUUUGGCCAUACUUCAAGACAGUUUUAUUGAAAUAAGGUAAUGCUGUUACUGUUGUGACUGUUUGGAUCACAGUGAAGGUCAUUUUUAGAAACUAUUUUAGAAACUGAUAAGGUUAAGUACAUACAUGCAACAUCCUGCACUCACAUAAAUAUGUAUUGUAAAUUUGAACAGUGAGGGGUAUCUUAUAAAUUGACACUUUCAUGUUAUUGGAAGACAUCUAUAAAUUGGCUUAUUUCUAAUACGAACUUAUGAUAGUUUUAAAGACAUAAUUUUAAAAAUCUUCCUUUUUAAGCUACAGGUAAACUUUUUCUUUACUUGUACUACAUACCUUGUUCAUUUAGUGUGAAUCUUUUGUCAAAAAAAAAAAAAAUUAAUAUUUUCUGUCAUGGUUAUUGUAAAUGUAGAUUACCAUGAAUAUUAUAUUUUAUGCAUUUUUAACCAUAGGUAAUUGCUAAGCACAAUCAUGGAUUAGUGCUAAUAAAUAAAAUUAUUACUACAAUAAUUAAAAUUAUUAAUUUUUAUCAUGAUUUUGAAGUCAAUCAAUGCCAUUUGCUUCAAAACGUACAUUAAUCAUCAAUGUUUCCUGUGUGGAACAAGGCCCUGAGUGACUAAGCUGGGUGCUUACCAUUAGUCAUACAGUAACUGGCCAAUGAGAUGAGUGAGUAGUAAAGAGAAUUCCACCAUCAGAAUCAGGACAGUUCAGCUAGGUCAGUCAGUUUAUGAAUAGUAAGCACAGCAGUGAUGGAUUUUUAACGAAGAAUGGAAGAAUAGCCUAUUUUGUUUUCAAAAUAAUUGGUACUUCCAGCCAGUUUUGUCUUUUGGUAAGUGCUGUAGAUGUCAAAGGUCCUAUUAAAGUUCAGCUAAAGGGUUUUAGGAAAGCGGAAAAAUGGCAUGGGUCAUAAUAUCUGAGGGGGCUUAUAUCUGGAAUAGAAAAAGUGCUUCAAAACAAGCUUUAGCAUUGCCGAUCAAAAUAAGUUUUGCAUUUACUGGUUUUAAAUCAAGUAAUGAUACAGGCAAGACGGGAAGCAAUAAAUAUUAUUAUUCUUUUGUUAUGGCGCAAUAUGCUUUGCUCACAUGGGAAUGUUUUCAUUUUCACACAGAGAAUGCAUAAACCUAUAAAAUGAAUAAGGCAGUUUACAAAAUAAAAUUUAUAUAAACUCCAUUUUCAAUGGGUGAUUUUGACCAGUCAUAAGAGUUGCAGACAAUUGACAUGAAAAGUUUACAAUUUUGCAUGUUCGUCACAUAGGAUUUCUGAGUUACUUAGAUUCAGACAAGAUUUUGUUGUAAGGAAGUUGGUUAGAAAACAGGGGAUUAAUAUACGUGCUGCUUUGUGAAGAUUUUGUAAAGUUUGUUGUUCAAACCAGUCAAAAGUGUGGUAGAGACAAUAGCAAAGUUAGCACCUUUAUGCAUCCUCACUUGUUCAUUGCGUUUGGUUCUUUUCUUCUUGUUUGGACCAAAACCCCAUUAUAGAUCAAAUUCACUUCCAUACAUCAGGAGGGAGGCAUAUAUCCGGUGGGGGCUUAUUAUCAUGGCCAUGUAUUUUUUUGUUUACAGGCAGAUGGGCCUAUAACCUGGGGGCUUAAAAGUAACAGUUUAUGGUAGUUUGGUGGGAGAAACUAGUAGUUUAUCAAAGUCACUUGUUCACCCUCACCAUGUUGUGUUAUUGUCAAAACACUAGGUCUUUUGUGGAUGAGUUUGAAUCAGUGGUUGCCAAGUGCACUGGUAAGUCACCAUUAUUGGGCUGGGAGACUGUCCUUCGGCAAAGCUCAGUCCUUUUGUUACUUUUUAAUAGCUACCUAUAGACUCUGCAACAACCAAAACUGAUUAAAGUGCAGCUGAUCAUAGGGAGUUAAAGCAACCCUGAAGACAAUGGCUCUUGCUCAGGUUUAGUCAAAUGUUGACAAAUUUUUUGGGUGUUCAUGCUUGAGAAAGUUUGCACAUAGUUACCUGCAGUGGCGACAAAGAUGUACCAAAAAGUGUGAAGCACGUGCAGAGCUUUUGUUUUGCUCAUAAAACCAGUAAUAUUUUGUUUGUUGUUGUUGUUACAUUAACUUUUUCACUAGCUGUUUACACUCCUAUAAAAUAGGGAAAUUCAUUUACUGUAUGUACAGCUGUAAAUCCCUUGCAGAAAAAAUACAACAGACAUUUUAUUCACCAUUUUCACAUCUCCCAUAAUACACCUUGUUUGCCCCCCAAAAUUUUGCAUAACCUUUGUUUUUCAUUUUUCCUGGGAAUUACAUCCAUCCCAAGAAUCAGAGAGAAUAAUUUUGUUGUUGCUUGGUUUCAGUUGACAAAGACAGUCAUCCUCAAUGGAGGAAAUUGGCAUGGAGUCAGGAUUGUUCAAUGUUGGCCUGUUCUUAUAGGUUGGUACAGUGGUUUAUACUGAUUAGGAAUGAUUUUAUACUGAUUAGUAUGCUUUUAAGAAAAACCCUAUGAACCAGACUUUUUUUUAAAAAUUAUGCUUAAUUGUUCAAUAUUAUAUGUAAUUUGCAUUUAAAGGAAAGGAAACAUUUUAAGUUAUUUUAAUAAUUAUUGAUUGAAACAAUUUCUGGAAAGGUAUGUGCCUCUAUGAAAUAAACUCACUGUAUUUUUUGGAAGAAUGUGGUUGCAUGCACAUGUUGGUGCGCAAGUCUAUCGAUGCCUUGGUCUAAUUUUUGAAAAAUGUGUUAGUUCUCUUUUUAUCGAAAAACCUUUUAACAUUUAAAAUUUAAAACGAUUUAGCUCCUUACUAUUUGACUUCAAUAGAUCGCUUUUACAAGUUCCUUCUGUUAAUACCGUGGCUUAUGGACACCGCUCAUUUCCAUAUUAUGCAUUGAUAAUCGGGAACAGUCUACCUGAUCAUAUCAAAAACUCUGAAUCUGUUUCUACUUUUAAGCAAUGGUUGAAAACUUUUCUUUUUAGGAAUAAUCACUAUAUAUAGUUUCAUUUAGACUUUGUUUACUAUUGUAAACCCCUUCAUGAAUUCUUUAAAUGUGCCAUAAAAACCUAUUAUUAUUAUUAUCUAUUAUUAUUCUGGACAGAGGCAAUAGACUUGAGGAUAUAUGGUAGCAGUUUCUUGCUACGGCUGUAUCAUGCAUGAACACACUCAAGUCUCACUAAAAUGAGUUAUUAAUAUUAAUUUUUUUUUCAUAGUUUUGGUGACAUAGUGGUGUUUGACCUUGCAGGAGAACUGCUUUUCACAAUUCCUCAGGUAAGCCCCCCCAAUCCCCUACAAAAAAACAACAACAAUAUUUUGUCAUUGUUCUUCACAGUUGUACCUACAUACAUUCAUACAUCACAGCUUUUACUCAUUCACAAACAACAAACAGACUUGUGAAUGAAGCCUUUAAAAUGAUUUCGCCCAGGGAAAGGGGAAAGUCUGUGAAAGACUGUGUGCUCCCAGAACCAAUCAGAUUGCAGGAUUUGGAUCAUUCAAUCCGUUUGCAAACGCACUGAGAAAAAAUAAAUACCUGUAUUUGAUGAAGCUGGUUAUAUUAGUAAAAGGGGAAACUAAAAGGUUAAAUGUAAUUUGGACCUGCAAUACAUUCUUACUAUUAACUGUAAAUCUUGCUAAACUGCUUUUUAACAAAUGUUUUUUUUUCCAGACCAUUGGAGCUCUUCCUUCAGAUUUAAGUGACUGUAUAUCUGGACUUGUUUUCAUUGAUCACAAGCACAGCUCUCAGUGGUAAGAUGCUUGCUAUGUAAUAAUGUAGUACUGAAUAGAAAAACUGAGAUCAGUAAAAGUUUUCCUUGCUAACCCCCCCCUCCCCCAACCCACCAAAUUUGCCAAAAAAAUGUUUCUAACUAAUUGGAUUAUAGAGUUAUUUGUGGAACUGAAACAUGAGAAAGUCUUGUUGGUGUUAGUAAUAAUUAUGAAUAUGAUUGGUUUUGGCUUUUUGUAUGAUAUGAAGAAUUUUGCAGAUUGAGGAAGCUGUCUGAUCUGCAUAUUGUGGUGCACAUUUUUUCAUAUAAUAUGAAAUCAAAUAAUUAUUAAUAGUUUUCAUCUUAACAUUUGCCCAUUCCUUGGCAGUUUCAGGGUACGAAGGGAUGUCCAUUCCAGCAGAUAUUAUUUUUCAUAACAUUUGCUAUCUGUCUCUGAGUUCUAUUUUUGCCAUUCUUGCAAUAUUCUUUAGGUAGUAGUCUGGCUUCUUGUCUUUCUAUAACAAGUGGAAUUUUCUGCCAUUUUCUUCAGCUCUGCUUGCAGAGGAAAAGCUGAGCUACUGUGCUGCAAUCUGCUACUUUUUUUCUGUUAAUUAUCUGAAAAUGUGAUGUCACUUUUAUGGAUAUCACCACACAUCUUUUAAAUCUGGUUGAUGCUGGCUGGUUAUGAAGAAUUAUUUGGGGGAAUUAAUCGAGUUGGAAACCAAGAAAUAUUUUGAAUGAAUAAUAAAAUUAAGUAAUAAAUGCUUAAGACUGCUUCUCUUUUGUCACACUAUUUUCUUCUUUUCUUUUUUUUAGGUCAGCAGAACUUGUUGUGAUAAAUUAUUGUGGUGAAUUGAAGAAUUAUUUAGUCAGGUUUGUGUAUAUGGAAACUUUUACUGCUUGCAUUUUUAAAUUGUAAACUUCAAGAGAUAAUAUAAUAUUAUUUUGAUCAUUGUUCUUAUAGCCCUACCCAUGGUUAUCAGGAGAAUCACAGUUUUUCAUUUUCCAGCAUCCUUCCAAACCAAGUUUGCUCAGUAGUAUACCAUCCUCAACACAAACUGUUGAUUCUAGGAAGUGUAGUUCAUCAGAGCAAUAGAACUUCUACAGGUAUGGCCACUUAGUUGUUUAGUAGGUUAUAUGUACGUCAUGUUCUGAUAUUAACAGUUUCUAAAUGGGUUCAUGGAUUAUAACAAAAUAAUCAAUUAAUUUUGUUUGAAAUAGAUAAUCCGUCUUGCCCAGCAUCACAGUAUGGAUUAACAGCAUGGAGGAUUCUUUCUGGUUAUCCACAUUACCAUCUCAUAGAGGAUGAAGGCACUAAGUUAUUGCGGGUAAAUUGUUUUUUUGAAAAUCCCACUGUACAUGUAGUUAAGUCAUUCACUAAAUUAACAUUCAUUUUCACUCCUGGACUAGGUUAUGGCCAGAAUAUUUAUUCAAUUGUAAAAAGCAAACAGACAACAAUUUUCUAUAGUUUAUAAUAUUGACUUAUAAACCAUAAAAAUUACAUGUAUGUCAAUAUCUUCAACAUUGUGAAGUGAAGCCGGUUUGCUGUGGCCCAUGGUUGAACGUUUUUAUAGUCUACUCAGUAUAAAGAGUAUAGAUGGGGUAAAAUUAUUGUCUAUUUUUUAUUAAAAAAAUUUAGUAACUUUGAAAUCUUAGUGGCAGCCCUGUAUAUGGUGUGUAUUUAUGUUACAGACUGGUUCUGGAAUAUUAAAUCGAAUUAGAAGUCUUCCUUUGGUUAAUGUGUCAUCUGAAGGACUGGUUAGUGAUUCCUUUUUUAUCUACUAAGACUCAAGUCAGCAUCAUCUGUUUCUUCCACCAAGAAUAUUACUUUACACAACACAUUUUUUUAGGAUAUCAGCUCCUAAAACCAUGAGUAAUGCAUCAUUUUGUAAAUUUUAUGUGGAAAAAUCCUUGCUGAGCUGCAAGUAUAAUUCAGUCAUCAGUCAGCGUCACACUCAAAUAACGAUAUACCCAAUGUCAGGUGCAAUCCCACCUGAAAGGGUAUUCUCAGAUGGCAUCUGAUGACUCCAUUUUGUACAAUUUAUCAGAUGUGAUAGCUCGAUCCCUGUGCAAAUGUUCUGGUUUGUCGCAAUAAAAUAAUGACCUGGUUUGAUGCAUGACUAUCCUUUCUAAAAAGGGAAAUUAUUUACAAGCCCGUUACCAGCUGAUUGCAUUGUUUGUAAGUACAGUGUAAGAGGGCCAUAAGCUUCAAGCUUUAAAUGUUAUGACAGUCUUUAAUAUUUAUAUACUAUAAAUACAACAGUAGUAGUUGUAGUGAUCUGGACAAGUGUAUCAUGCAUCAGAUUCAUACAUGUAGAGAUACACCCAAAACUGACCUUCAUUAGAGUGUAUGCCACGUAAAUACUAUUAUUAUUAUGACAAGUGCCACUGAGAGAUACCAUCUUGUGUGACAAUUAAAAUUAAUAACUUGACAGUAUAUAUAACCUCUGUUUGUUGUUGCUCAUUAUUUAGGAUGGUGUUGCACAGAUGUCUUUAUCCCCGGAUGGAACCAAGCUUGCGGCUUUACACAUGUCAGGAACCUUGUCCUUGUGGCAUGUCCCAUCUCUGCGACAAAAAACUAUGUGGUCUGUUGAUGAACAGGUCAGUUGAAAAUAAGAGUCUGUUAUAAUGUCAGUUGCUUUUGCCUACUGUACAUUUUUCUUUAAUUUCGCUGAUCUUAGUUGGAAUGAAUGAAUAUUACUUGAGUAAAAUAGUUGACAAGAUCUGAUAACAACCUUGCAUUGUCUUUUGAGAUAUAGUGGAUAAAAUUACUUUAGCCAACAUGACAUAGUACUGAAUGUUAUCACUUCAAUUAGAAUUGUUAUUAUUUCAAUAAAACAAGCCUAAAACAUUGAUAAAUUUUCCUGAUUUCAUUUUGUACAAAUGUAAAAAAAAACAGAGACAAUUUACACUCAAACUGCCUUUUUUUUUACAGUAGCUUAGCCACUAAGAUGUUGUUAUCAUUUCCCAUUUUUUCAUUUUCCACUGCAGCCCUCAUUUAAGAACCCAGAUGAACAAGUUAAAUUCGCUUCCACCAAACCACCGGAUUCAAACAAAGGUUAGUUACAUUUUUGGCUCUCCACCUAUGUUUCAAAAUAUUAUUGUAAAAAAAGAUCCCAUAUCCAAAUAACUGUUGACGUAGAGUUAUAAUAUAGUGAUACAAUAUGGUGUGGCUUAUACAAAGAGAACGCCUCGGACUCUGCCCAGAGCACGCCACCUGAAAUGGAUAAUUCUUUGGCUGAAGAGAGUGAAAUUUGAACAAGCCCAUUACCAAAAAUGUUUAUUUUGACAAGUUUAUGACUGUUGCAAAAAUGAUAGUCUUGUACGUAAUUAUUAUUCUAUUCUUGCUGUACAUACAUGUUAUUCUCGUCACAAUUAAUUAUAGUAAAAAAGUGCUGGCAUUCAUGUUGAGAAAGAAAUUCCAGCACACACUAAAAAUUCACACUAUAAUGGAACUUGUCACUCCAUGUUUCAACGUUUUCAUUGUUUUUAUAAUGUAGCUGUUGUUAUUGUUUGUAAACAUCCUUGUAAGAAUGUUUAUGGAAUAACAUUUUUAAAAUCAACAUUUUGUCAAACCUCCACAGAGUUGUCAUUUCAUGGUUUAAUGGCUGUGAAUUGGUGGGCUGAAGAGGUAAGGUUGACAUUAACUCGUCUGUUAUUCAAAACUUUGAACAUUUUUUUAAGAGGUUUCUCUUCAAAUCAAACAAAUUUAAUAUUAUCAGUGGCUUGUUUUUUAACAUUCACUGAUAAAAGUAAAGCAAAGCCUAACCGACAUUAACUACAAUAUGCACGGUCCUAGAUCUUUAUUGAAUGGUCUUACCCUCCUGACAAAUAACAUUGUAUUUCAUAAGUCAGUAGUUCAAUCAUUCAACAUUCAAGUCUGUAAAACUAAAAUAUGAUCGACCUCCGAUUUUUACAAACUCCCUAAACUCCCAUUUUAAAAGACUCUCUUUAUACUGUACAUGUACAUGUAGAUCAACUUUGAUGUAGGAGAUUUUAAGGAGAUACCUAAACCUUUUGACUGUCCUGUUUUUAAAGCCAUUUUUUGGCCUUAAAUGUCAGUAAAAAAAACUUGAUCUCUUACCUGAAAACCUCAUUAGUACAACCACCUUGUGGUUGUGUGACUUGAAGGGGUUACUGUUCAUUUAUCAUAGUGUUAUAUUACUAAUUAGUCCUCAAAUAAUUUGGAUUUCCUCUCUUCAGGUGAUUUUAAUUAGAAGUAAUUCCAUUAAUGUGAAAUAAUUAUAAUAACUCAGUCUUUCUUCCCAUUAAUUCCUGUUCUUCCCUGUAGCUAGUAUGAGGUGAACUGAGCUCUUGAGUCGGGAAGACAAAAUAAUUAUAACAUAGCUAUGUUAGAAGGAAGCAAGUUAAUGUUUUUUAGUGAUGGCUAAGAUUGCUGUGCCUCUUUGAGCAAUUUAAAAAGCGUGGAUUGGAUCAGUACACUUGAACAAUUUUUUCUGUCAUGUGUGAACUACUUAUGCUUUCACCUACAUGCACUGUACUGUCAACUCUCUCUGAUAUGGACACCUUUAAGAUUAGUACCAUUGUGUCCAUCUUAGAGUAAUGUCUUUCCUGUUGAGUGAUUUUGUUACCUCCUCAUCCUGCGUCCCUGAUGCAUAAAAAUCCUUUAAGAUACAAAAUAAGUCAUGGCAUUCAUCCCAUAGGAUGCAAAGAUCAAUCGGUUGAUCCAUGUGUUUUUGACUCGUCGAAAUAUCCUGAUUGUAUAAUUUCUGUGGCAGUUAUUAUGGCUGUUGUUUAUUUUAGCCUUUGUUGUGCUAUAAAAUAGAAGAACUAAAUUUUAAUUUCAGUAUACUGUAGUAAAGAGUUUUGGAGUCUGUCUUUAGAUUAACACUGUCUGGUUAUAUAAAGGCCCAAUCAUUUUCAAGUUUGGAUUGGUUGUUUUUUUAACUGGGACUCAUUGGUUCUAGACUGGGACUCACAAUUUCUCACAAAAUGAGUCCCAGGACUCGCCAUAAUUAUUUGUAACAAAAUCACUGCUUGUAGAGAGUCAAAUGAAGCAGAUGUAGAAGUGUCCAUUAAGAGAGACUUGACUGAGUGUAUACCAACGAAUAAUAGUUUUUACAUUUCCCUUUUUAUGUAGGCACUGAUUUUGUCUCACAGCACUGGAGCAUUAACUGUGUCUUCCACUGAGCAGAGGUAAUUAAAUUAAGCAAACUAGACUUUAAAGGGUUGUUUUAUCCUCAAGAAGUAUUUUGACUGGUUUUUCUCACAUAAAUAAGAAACAUCCUUUUGUGACUGUAUGUGUCUGGGCAGGUAGAGUUUUUCAUUUAUAAAGCACCAAAUCUAGGUCUACAAUACUCGUUAACGCCCACAUUGCAAGUGGAGGUUGGGUGCCCAGGGGCCAGGGGGCUGCAACCGCAAUCACACCCAAAGGCGGAAGAACACCCACAGAUUUGCCAACCCGCAACCCAGCCACGAGCUUUCCCCCCGCGCCCAGCCUGAGACCUCAAUUAAUGUAAUAAAUGAUCCCAAAAUAUAAUGAAGGUUCUAAGUGUAAUCUUCUAUACCACCUGUCACACUGAGGCGAGAAGCUCAGUGGAAGUAAUAUGAAAACCCUGGGAGGGGGGGAGACCCUAAACCAAGAAAGCGGAGGGAGGGAGGGGAACCAAGAGAAACGCUACUCUACUAGAACAGAACGCCAGGCCAAGAAAGCUUUGAGUUCAACGCAAACACAAUGUAGGCACCUGCUAUGGCCUGCUCAUGCACAGAAGCGACAUACCACUGGACAGGAAUUUGCCUGCAUGCUCACAAAACAACAAACACUAACAGUCACGCGAUAACACUACAGACAUCCAACAUGCCACCAAAGAAGGCCAAAAACACUAGGAAUCAUAGCUCCUAGUCAUUAACUACAUUAAAUUUGAUUCAAUAGUAUUUAAAUUUCUUUGAAAAACUAUAGAAUGAAACUAAGGAUUUCUCAUGUCAUACCUUCUCAACUGACUUUUUCGAUUUUUCUGUUUUUAAUUGUGUACUUGGUCUUCUCUUGACAUUUAUUUCUAUUAAUGGGUAAUAUGUGAAUCAACAUGAGGGAGGGUGUAACAAGACAAUUAGUUUUCAAGUAAUUGUCUUGGCAAAACAUUGUAGUUGUCAUAGCUCUGAAUUGGUAAAAGAAGCUGAUUUGUUUUAUCUGGCAGUAGGUUGAUUUUGGCAUGUAGUGUUGUGGUCAGUUUUAGCCUUGUAUUAUGGCCUAUGUAGUGUUGUGGUCAGUUUUAGCCGUGUAUUAUGGCCUAAUGCACUUUGUACAUGCUUUCCGAAGGUACAACAUAAUGUCUGGGAGCAAACAAAGUGUCAAGUUUUUUAAUCAACAUGGCUCUAUAAUAUUGAUCAAGAUAUUAAACAGACAUUUUCCCUGUUACUGAAAGAGAUGAGAGUUCAAGAUUUGGAUUUGUAGACCGAUCUGUUGAUCUGUUGAGUUUGACUUUGAAUAAAUUAUUUGACUGAAUUGGCCAAAGAUUUAAGAUAUGGUAGUAAUUUUUUUCUUUUUGUAGUCUUCAUAAUCUGCUUGGUCACCGCCCAGAAAUGUGUGAACCAUGGUCUCGUAUCACUGCUGCCCAUAGUAAAGGGUUUCUCAUUUUAGAGGUAUAAAGACUUACUUUGUGUACUGAAAGCUUGAUAUUUGAAGAGGGGGCUGAAGCCAACAGAUUGGCAGAUUUUGAAAUUAAUUUUUGCCCAGAUUUUGGAUCCAGAGUGAGAUUUCAACAGAUUUGAUGAUCUGAUAAUUUCAGUGGAUUGCGAAUUCAUUUUUUGGGCCCAGUUUUGGACUUUGUUUGUUUUAAAAUUAUUCGAAGUGAAGUUUUAACAGCGGAUUUGGUUUAUAAAUCAUAACUGGUCAGCGGAUUUGUAUACCUCUUUUCAUCCCCCUCUUGAAUACCUAAUUGAUGAUAAUAUCAAGCAAUAUACAGGAUUUUUGUGUGCUUGUAUAAUUGCCUCUGUUCUUUUCAGCUUUAGUCAGUAAUUCGGCUAUUUUUCUUUGCGUAGCCAUGAACUCCUUUGUCAUUUUCUUGACAUCUGCAUUCAAGCCAAAACAGCUGAGCUGCUGUGCCACGUACUCUCUUGCAUGAAAUCAAUGAUAACAUAAUAUAGAAUCAAUGAUGUCAGCAUGACUGUUAUCAACGACUGUACAUUGCUCACAUUUUCCAAAUUUUGGUCAGUGCUAGCUGGUUAUGAAUAAUAAUUAGCUGGAGGAUUAAAGCCAAUCAGAAAUAGUGAAAUUUUUUGAAUGAAUAUAAUAGUAGUUAUACAAGGCAUAUGAAUUUAAUUAUUUGAAAAAUGCACUUGUGUAAUCAAUGUAGUCAAUCUCACACUCUUCAUCAAAUCUAAAUGUCCUGUUAAUAAUAAACAUGUUACCAAGUACAUUUUGUGAAACAAACAUCCUCCUCAAGGUCCUCCAAUUUUUUAAUUUAUUGGCAUUUUGAUAUUUUUUUGGGUUUUUCUGUUAUUCGUAAGGAUUUCAAAGUCAACUGAUUCUCCAACAUUUAAGAUGUUUCUUGUUGUGGAAACCAUUGUUGAUUAGCCAGCUACUUACGAUUUUGUGGUGUGGGUUUGCUCAGUGUCUUUCAAUCUUGUGUCAUUGCACUCAUCCAAAAAACUACAUAAUUUUAGCCUUACUGGCUGGUUAAUUCUGUUCUUAACUUGCCUGACAGGCAAGUGAAGUUUUUUGGGGGAGUUCAAAGUGCAGAAGAACUGUAAUCAAUUUUGAUCAUAAUAAAUUUUUUUUGGGCUAGUACAUGCUGGCUACAGCUUGCCUGAAUCGCAAUCUGUAAAACUAACUUUCUUUAUACCCUAUUGAACCAACUUCGUGUUAUUUUUAAUGUGAAAAUGAAAUCAAGACCUCACGAUCCAAACAUGCCUUAAAUGCUGGUGAGGAUGAAGGUGAUAGUGACAAGAACGGUGAGAAGGAGGAUGUUGAAUUGGAGAGUGAUGAUGAUGAUGAUGAGCCAACUCUGAUGUCCAGAUCAAAACGUUUUGCCAAACAGGUGAGUUAAUUAGAAAAUUCAAAGAAGAAAGAAAGUUACAGAGGCAAAUUAAAGAAAUCUUUAAAACUCAGUUGUAAAAUGCAGUUAAUAGAGCAUGAUGCCCUCAAUCAGCAACAUGUAAUGCAGAGUUAUCCCAGCCCUUAUCACAUUUUGGUAGGGUUUUACUCACAGUCUAGGUCAAAUUAUUGGGUAGUGGAAAAUCACUUUCACAGUUAGGAAAUUAUGUAUACAGUAGCAAUCCUUGUUUACGUUGCAGUUGGGACUAGUUUCUAAUGUAUCGCUUGUUUUGUAUGGCUAGUAAAAAUAAUUUUCCUCAUGCACAUCUCGUGGAGCACCUCGCGUGCUCUCUCAAUCCAGUGGUACAGUAUUUAUCAUUGGCUUACCCUCAGAUAGUAGUCAGUUGUGCAAUGUUGGCUGAAGGUUUCAGCUCGUAGUGCCGUGGAGUGUUAGGCUGUAUUAAUUUUCUUUCUUUUGGACCCACCUGAACUUGUCCGAUCUGGUGCAGAUAUGUAAUAGUGCCGGGAAGAUAAGUAUGGCUCUAUGGUCGUGCUAUGGAAGUCAUCCGCCAUGCUGAUGGCGGAGUGGAGUUCCCCCCUUUAUGUCAUAUGUUUGGUUGUCAUGAUUUUAUUAGACUCUUAUUUAAAGGCUAGCUAAAGGAACUGUGACAUUAGCCAAUGCGUGAACUUUGUGAAAUAUGUGUUUGAUCAGACUUGCAGGCUAGGAGACUGAAUUUUCAGACAAGAUCAUCCUUAAGUUCUUUGACAAAUUUUUUUUCAGAUUUUUCUUUUCAGAAUAUAAUUAUUUAUAGAUGGAUGUUUUUAGCGAAUUGAUAGGGAAACAAGAAUGGUGUACUACCAAACAAUAAUUUCAAAGAAACGUUAAAUGUUUUUUUUUAUCAGGUGAUGUUUUUCCUGACAGAAAGUGAAAGGUUUCAGCCACCCAUGAAAGUACGCAAGUAUGUAUAGCAGUCUCUAUUGUUUUUGGUCAAAGUAUUAUAGCACAAUGAUAUUAGGCAAAUUUUUCAGAUACCUCAUUUUUGGACUUAAAUAACUCUCUGAAUUUAUUGUUGAUGUGAAAUUUAUAAUGGUAAUUGAACUGAGGGGAGUGCACUUUGGUCUGAAAUCAUACACGUGGUUUUAGAAUCAGACGAGUGGGCAGCGCGAGUUUAGAUUUGAAAUAGCAAAGUAUGAUUUCAGACCAGAAUUUUACUCCACUCUGUACAAUUACAUUGUACUACUUUAUUACAUUGAUUUUGAAAUUGCAGAAUUCAGUCAGUACCAAUGUGUUACUGAUCUAGUGUCCAGUUUGUUGAAAAGUUGAAACAAAAAGGCUUUUACAUGCUCAUUUUGUAUUUGGAGCAGAAAUGUUGUGAAAUAAGGAAAAAAUGUUGUGAUUUAGAACAGUGAUCUAGGGCAAAAAGUCAUGUGAUUCGUUAAUAAAUCACACUGCUGAGAGCCAAUCAGAUUGCAGGGAUCACCAGUGAUUUUAAAAUGGAUAUAAUAACAAUUUUGACCCUUGAUUGUGUUUACUUUCCUUGAUCAUCUAUUCAGGAUCUGGAAUGAUUGUCAUCUUUCUCUCCAACUACUUUAAAAUUCUUAUCAUGCAUUUUUAUACAGAUUUAGUAUAUAAUGUAAUUUAUCAUCUGCUUUACUUCUCAGAGUUCUUCAUUGCACAUACAGGCUUGUUUGUUUACGAUCCACAACACCCGAGGAGCUCUAUGCCAGAAAGGUAAACCCUGUAAAUUAUUUAGCAAAUUCUUUGCUUGCAAACAAGCUCUCUUUUGUUUUUUGGCAGAAUUUCUGGCUACGGGCAGGGAUGUCACUAAGAUUUCAAGUUGCCUUGUGAACACAACAAGUAGGCAGGGAAUCUGGGGAUAAUAAUAGCAAUAAUGGAAUAUGACCAUAGAUUAUCUGGAUUUUUGAAAUGUGUUGUAUUUCUACGCAGUGUUAGUUUGUUCUAGACAGUAAAAUCUCAGAACCUGUAGUCUCUGGGCUAUUAUUGUCUCAAAAGGUUUUGGAAAGAAAUACCAGUGAUCAGUGAGUAGAUUUGUAAAUGGAGAAGGAAAGGAACUAAAAAUCAAAGCUGUUUUUCUGGCAUUUUUGAUCUUUUAGACUUUGUCACCAUGUGAUGGUUGUUAAAAUAUGCUAACUUUAAAUCAUCUGCCCAAAGGGCAAAGUGUGUGAUAAAGUCAGGGUUCAUCACUGAAAGUAUCUUCAUGGUGAAAGGUUCAGUUUUUAAUUAUGUUUUAAUAAUGAAGUUAUUAAUUUGUUUUAGAUAGAACAUGAGGAGUAUGGUGAAGCCCUUGUUCUUGCACAGACCUAUGGACUGGACAGUGAUUUGGUUUAUCAGAAACAAUGGAGAAAAUCUCAUGUUUCAGUGGCUUCCAUUCACGAUUACUUGGUCAGUGUCAAUAAAAAUAAUGUUUAAAAAAUCUCACUUGGUUAGAUUUCACCUUUGAAGAUUGCAUUUUACAGUAAUUUAACUUCCUCCAGGGAUGAAGUAAUCAGAAAAAAGUUUUAUUAAACUGACUGGGAGAAUUCUCUGGUUGUUGUGUAAUUGUUUGAGUCAUACAAAAUGACUUGUAGUGUCCUAGUGUUGCAGAUGGGAGCAAAAAGCAAUUGAUGUAAUGCAAAAGAUUUAAAAGAAACUAAACAUUACACCAACCCACAAAACAAAAAAAAAACAAAAUAAAAUAAACAAUAACGGAAAAGACAAAGAUGAAACACAUGAAGAACAAACCCGCCACCCCCCCCCACACAAAAAAAAAAAAAAAAAGGAAAAAAAGAACAAGAAAAAACCUCCCCCAGGGCUUCCAACAAAACCCAAACAAAUCCCUGGGCCAAAAAAAAGAAAUUUAAGAAAAAUCCUUUGCCCAAAAUCCUGAGAACAGCAAAAGGGAAUGGCUGUAAUUAUAAAACCACGUUGGGUGAAAAAAUCAAGUAAAUAAAUUGAAGUCUUGUUUGACUCUAUAUGGUACACACUGGUUUAAUGAAAUAGUUAAUGUGAGAUUAACCAAAAAAUAGGUUUGGUUUUACUUAUUUAGCAGAACUAAGUGCAAGGCACUUCCAUAAAAUAAAAAUCUACAGAUCAUCGUGGAAAUCUAAAAGGUCUCUAAGAACUUGCCAUAUUUGCGCACCCAAAAUAAUCCCAUAAUGGAAAAUUUCAAAUCCAUAAGAACCUUCAGUCAUCCCAGUCACUUGGAAUUUAGAGUGCCCCACCUAGAAAUGGGUUAACUCCAAGAAAAGCCCCAAUUACUGAGGAUACAAUUUACAGUGCCAUUGAAAUAAGACUUUUCCUGCAUUCCUGUGAACAAAGACACCAACUCGAGGCUUGGGUGGACAGAAUAAAGUGAUUUGUAUCAAAUUGUCCACCCGAACCUCUACCCCAUUUCCUUAUGUAUGCUCACUGGAGUUGUUUGUGGAUGCCCUUGCGUAUUGUUAAUAACUAUAGCAUCUGCUUUUAAUCAUUGCAGAGCAAAGUUAAGAAUCGUUUGUGGGUGCUUAAUGAAUGCGUGGACAGAGUGCCAGAAAAUUAUGAAGCAGCCAAGCAGUUGUUGCAGUAUGGACUCCAUGGAACAGAUGCCAAGGUGGUGAAGAGUGUUGGAAGUGAGCAAGGCCCAUUGCCUUUUAUUAUCAAGUCUAAGAGUGAUGAGUUUAAUGAGGAGGAGGAAAGAAAGAAGAAAAUCAAGGAGCUUGAAGAUUCGUUAGAGUUUGCCAGGUACUAACAUAAGCUGAAAAAAAAAUGUUAUUCAAGGAUCAGUCUGAAAUUUGUACAAAAUUAUUUAAGUCUUCUGCACCUUGCACUAAAGCAAACUCAAGAUAAUAUGAUACUAUUAAUGCUCAUUUUGACCCUUGGAAGAGACUGGGUGAAUAUCACAAGCAAACAACACCCACCAUCUGGGAACACCAGUCAAAAGGAGGGCCCAGUCAAAAGUCCUGAUUGGCUCCAGGAGACCAUGGACAUUAAAAGGAAAAACCAGGAGGCCAGCCAUAUCAGACACCAGUGUCUGACCCUAAAUAGAGAUAGAGAUUAUGAACUACCCACAGUUUUUAAUUUCUCGUUCUCUUGUGUUAAAAUACACAUAAGUGGCAUGUCAAUACUCAGGUUAGUCUUUGCUGAAGAAGACUUGAGAUACAUUUGAAAGCUCCAGUGCUUUGAUAUGAUGGGACCUUUUUGACUAAAGGUAGUAUGUUUUUGCGGUCUUACCUUGCAUUGUUGAUGGAGAAGACAUAUGGAUAUCAGUUGGAAUUACUUGAUUCAGAAUCAUGAAGAUGUCUUGCGCAGAGCGAUCUCUAACGCUCGACACAAUUAAAAAAUGCCUUAUAAGAAGCUUUAAAUGAACCUUUUGAAUUUCCAUCUGAGUCUUGAAAAUGAAAUCGUCUUCCAGGUCAUCUCUGUUGUAUUUUGAAAUUUAUGUGGUCUUAACAGGCAUACUAUUGAGCUCUUUAUUCUUCAUACUGAUGGUUGGCUUCUAAUACUUGUAGUUUUGUGUUACCUGUAUGUUAGCUCUCUGUAAAUAAUACCACCAGCUAAAUGAUGCAUGAUUUUGGUUACUGAUUUUUUUACCAUUUGAUCAGUUUCAACUUGGAGCAGCGUGACAUCUGCAUGUACCGACUGAAGUUACUCCAAUACCUUGAUCGCCUCUCUACAUAUGAGGCUAUUUUGGGCGGGGUCCACAUGGCUCAUGAGGAGUACUGUCACAUAUUCUUUGAACGAUUUAGAGAAAUCAAUAUCAUGCAAGCUGCUGUAGAGUAUGCUAGGGUAUGUUUUAGUUGUUGUUGUUGUUCUUUUAACACAAAACUAUUUGAGUUUGGUAUAAGCCUCUGAAAAGAUUUGCCGAACUGACUCUCUUAAAAAUAGGUUUGGCCUUUCUCUCCACCGUAGGUACCAUUUUGGUGUAGACGUAAGCUGUUUUAUCAUAGGGUUAUGUAAAAAGCUAAGGGGACAUAACUAGUUGUUACUGUUUUUUACCCCCAUGUUGACAUUGUUCCUGGUAAAAUUAGUCUAUUUCAUUAAGAAAUGAAAUACAGACCUCAUGCAGCUCUGAACUGAAUGAUAAUCAGUCUCUGUCCAGCAAUAGCUUGGUGACGCUAGGUUUCCAUUUUUGUAGUGGGUUGUAAAUGAUGUGAAAAACGUACUGUAGUAGAGGUGGGACUUUUUAUUUAUUUUUGCUAACAGCAAAGGUGAGUUUCAAACAAGUUAGUGUGGGGACGUCCAUAUUGUAAUUUGGAUCACAAGAACAAAAUGUUAUAUAUGCAAUUUUUCGUGAAGGUUUUGCACUAUUUUUUUCAUUUUAAGCACCGAUUUAAUACCAGUUCGAAGUAGUAUCGUCAAUAUGUUUUUUCUUACAGGAUGGCAACUGUGAUGCACUGGACGCCAUUUUUACUUACCAUGGGAAAGAGACUCUUCCUCACAGGCUUGCUAUUCUAUCAAACUUUGACGAGACCAUUCCACCAUCUGAGUACCAAGCUCUUCUUCCAGAGGCGGGGUGAGUGUGAAAGGUCAACUUCCUUAUUGUUGACAACGAAUGUGUUUUGAACAGACGGAGGGAUGGACUUCUCGUCCUAAGGACUGGGUUACAAGUAGGUUCCGCCCCAUGCAAGGGAAUCCAAGACAGUCUUGAAUUCUGAAUUCCACGCUGUAGAUUCCGGAUUUCAGGGAGUGGAUUCCAGACUUUGUCAUUGGAAUUUGGAUUCCGGAUUUCAAUCGUUAUUGGGAUCCGUAUUCCUUGAGCUGUAUUCCAGAUUCCAAAGGCCAAAAUUCCUGAUUCCACAAGCAAACGUUUCCCCUAUUCCGGAAUCCCUUGCAUGAGGUGAUAGGUACAGUAAUUGUCUGAACAAAUGUGAGAAAAUUCUCUGUAUUAGUGGUUUCCAUGGUACAUUAAAUACAUGUAAUCUUAGUACGGUUAUUUACAAAUUGAAAAGUUGUAGCCAAUACAUUUGUACUUCCGAGAGAGUGUCUUUAGAGACCUAUAGAUUCGUGGAUGACGAGGGCAAGAUUUGACUUAGAGAUUUUUUCACAUAUUCUCAAGAAUUGACAUUCUGGAAAGCUUCAUUUUUACUUUUUCACCAGAAAAGUUAACAUGGUUAUAUUUAUUGAAGGAGGGGGGGCGGUGGCUCGCAUGGGACGUUAGUCCCGUUGCACCUACCCCUUUUGGGUUUUUGCUUCUUUUUUUUUUUGUGUGUGUGUUGUAUGACAAAUUCAUAUUGUAUUCACUAAAGGAGCACCCAAUAAAGCUGUGAAAAAAAAAGGAGGUUAAACCCUCUCCUGAUCGCAAAAUGAUAAAACUGAAACUAAACUUGGUAACUACAACAGCAUUUCAAUAAAAUCCGUAGUAGAAUGACCGGGCUAUCACGAUUUCCCGCUGGACCAGUCAUUUUGACAAUGAAAUAGGCUUUUUCAAAGAUUUUUUUAACAAAGGUCAUCCUGCAUACUAUUUAGGAUUCGUUUGUUCUAGUGGUGAUUUAAAGUGGAAUUCUUGUUACGACGAGAAUGAUGUGGCCGGUCAGUUCUGACAAAUUGAAAGAGCUCUUUAGCAUUGAGACAAUCUCGUUCUAUUGGUCAUCCUCAUCUUAGAAUCUAAAGGUCUAAAAUAAAGGGAAAGAGGAGAACCAUGUUUGAUUUAUUAUUUUUCCUUCCUCUUUUAGCUGUUGUGUAGAACCGGUGACAUUCUGUUCCAUGUUCUUUUAGUUUCUCAGCAGGUGAUCCAGAUAUCUUAGAGUGGGAUGAAAAGUGUUGGAGAUGUGCCGACUGGGCAGAGAAAGCUGAAUGCAAAAAAGUUGUGGGCUGGGAAGACUGUGGUGACCCUGCAGAAUUUAUUUAUGAAGAAAAUCCUGACUUACAACAGUACAGGUGAGGGAAAGAUGUUACUGUUUCUUAUAAUUCUUUCACAGCAGUUAACAAACUUGGUCGGACAGAAAAUGAGAAAGGGACCGUGUCCAAUUUGGGUAUCAAUGAAUAUCAGUGAAUGUUUUUUAAAUCAAGAACUCAUUUGUUUUGGGAGGUGGGGUGUAACUAGAAAUAGUAUAUAUGAUAGUUCUACAACAAUAUUGAUUUCUCUUACACAUUAAUUUUGUUUUGUUAACUUAAAUUUUACGUAAGAACGAAGAAUGGACAUUUUAGUAAAAGUACAGACUAUUAUGCCAGAACAGUACUCUCGUUUGUAUAGUGUUUGUGUAAUAAAGUGAUGAUAUAGUAAUGCUUUUUUCUUUGCCUUUAAGGUGUAAAUUAACGUCGGCGGUGGUGACUAAGUGGUACAGAAACAGAGCUUGUGAGAUGGAAUCUCUCUCUAAACAGGUACUCAUUCAUUAUGUUAUUAGUUUUUCGGGCUUCAAAAUAGGGAAUUUUCACCACUCAGAAGAGAUUGUGUCGCAGAUUAGCCGCACUCUCGAGUUUGAGCUUAAAGCAAAAGGCUGCAUUUUAAACACGACUUUUUACAGUAUUUAUCCGUUUUAUUACAUCUGAAAUGUACAAAUUGUACUUGCAUUUUUCGUCACCCUGCCUUCAGCUAACGCUUGUCCUUUCUUUUAAAAUAGAUAGACAAUUCACUGGAACUCAUUAAGCUUGGAAUGGAGAGAGGAAUCAAGGUAAUCAUUGCUUAACGUCAACAGUUUUCAGUCCAAAUUGUUUGGGGCAAAUGUACAUGUAGCACAAAGGGAGUCUUUUUUGGUGUUAACUUGCGCUAUAUUUAUUUAUUCAGGGACUUGAAGAUCUUCAUGAUGACCUUGUUACACUUGAAGCACUGGUUUACGACGUAAGUUCUUUCUGCUUUCUCAUUGAAAGUUAGUGAAUUACCGAAGUCAAACAUUAGUGAAACUUUAUGAAAUAAGUAGAGUCACAAUAAAUCAAGUUUCUUUUAAUCAUUUCGUUUCACACAAAUUGUGCUUUGCAAUGGCUUCAAUACGUGUGCAAUAUGCCUUCUUCAAACAUUACAAAUCCACAUAUAUACUGGUAAGGAGCAGAAAUUAGACAUUGAAAGUCAUAUUUAAUUUGACCCUCAUCAGCUUAGUGUAGGGAAUUAGGACAUACUGUUCGGUUCUGCAAUUUUCUCUGGGCAUUCAGCACUUGGGUGCGGGUUAUGCUGAUAGAAAGUACAGUGUUUUACCCGCUUGUUUUACUUGAACAGUCAUAGUGACAAAAAUGAGUGACGAAUGACUUGUUAUUGACCACUGUAAGCUGCUGAUGGUUUUUUUUAUACCCCAGAUUAAUGGAGGGCUAAUAGUUGGAUUAGAAUGUUUUUAUCUGUGUGUUUAUUCCAGAGCUGCGCUGAUGUGUAUCUCAGCCUGAAAGCUUUUCAGAGUAUGACAGAGCUGGAAAAACUAAGAAUGCUACUUAGAAAAGUAAGUGGACGAUUAGAAUAG